UCACUGCUGGGCACUGACUGGCGGCCUGACUGGCACAACCCCUGGGCACUGGUGGGUGGCACUGACUGGCAGCACUGCUGGGCUGCACUGGUGGGUGGCACUGGUGGGCAGCACUGGUGGGUGGGCACAGGUGGGUGGGGUGGGCACAGGUGGGUGGCACUGCUGAGCACAGGUGGGUGGCACUUCUGGGCACAGGUGUGUGACACUGCAGAGUGGCACAGGUGGGUGCACUGCUGGGCACAGGUGGUUGCACUGCUGGGCACAGGUGGGCGAAACUUGCGGGUGGCACUGCUGGGCACCGAUCAUCAGGGCACUGAUCAUCAGUGCCCUGAUGAUCGGUGCCGAUCCCCGCACUGACAACUGGCAGUUCUCGGCAGUACUUUCCUCACGAUCUGACAGCGUGAGGAAAGUGCAGCCGAGAACCGGCACUUGCAU